GGUAAGAUUGAAAGAAAAGAUAUUCCGAUCUGUAUUCUGCUAAAUAUUUAAAGUAUAUGAAUAAAGUUAGGUAUAGUUACGGAUUUCUUUAGUGAGGUCUUGACCUAAAAAGAGCCUACCCGUCGGCGUUAUUGUGUUAUGAUUGGCCGAAGUCGAGCGCUAGCGGUCGAUAUCCGGCAUCGAAAUUUUGAGGUCGCGCGUCGGUAUAAUAUUAGAGAAGGGAGACAACUUUGAACAACCAAGCUCCAAACCCCUACUAAAGCCUUGAGAUACGCAUCAUGUCUCAGAAUCCUACUCAGAUCUUCGCGGACGAUGUCACGGAGGAGAAAGGCGAGAAUGCGCGUCUUUCAGCUUUUGUUGGUGCUAUAGCCGUCGGUGAUCUUGUCAAAAGCACGCUGGGUCCGAAAGGCAUGGACAAGAUCUUACAGUCUGCGUCUACGGGCGAAAUCAUGGUCACGAACGACGGUGCCACCAUCCUCAAGUCAAUCGCACUGGAUAAUGCUGCUGCGAAAGUCCUAGUAAAUAUCUCAAAAGUACAAGACGACGAGGUCGGUGAUGGCACUACGUCAGUAGCUGUACUUGCUGCGGAACUGUUACGCGAGGCGGAAUUCCUCGUGAACCAGAAGAUUCACCCACAAACGAUCAUCGAAGGCUAUAGGAUAGCAAGCCAUGCUGCACUGAAGGCGCUCGAGAAUGAAGCUGUGGAUCAUAGCAAAGAUCCAAUCGCGUUCCGUAAAGAUCUCAUCGCAAUUGCGCGGACUACGCUCAGUUCGAAAGUUCUCAGUCAAGAUCGCGAACAUUUUGCGGAGCUAGCGGUGGAUGCUGUUCUUAGGAUGCAAGGCUCGACUGAUUUGACGCAUAUACAGAUCAUUAAGAAGGCAGGAGGAAAGCUGAGGGAGUCAUAUCUCGAUGAGGGGUUCAUCCUGGACAAGAGAUUUGGUGUCAACCAGCCGAAGCGGAUAGAGAAUGCCAAAAUUCUAGUCGCGAACACAUCCAUGGAUACAGAUAAAAUCAAGAUAUUCGGCGCGAGGGUAAAGGUAGACUCCACAGGCAAGCUCGCUGAGCUGGAGAAGGCCGAAAGGGAAAAGAUGAAAGGCAAGGUCGAUCGCAUUAAGGCCCACGGAAUCAACUGUUUUGUGAACAGGCAGCUCAUCUACAACUGGCCCGAGCAGCUCUUCGCCGAUGCCGGGGUAUCGUCCAUCGAACACGCAGACUUUGAUGGAGUCGAACGACUAGCUUUAGUGACGGGAGGAGAAAUCACAUCAACCUUCGAUCACCCCGAACAGGUCAAACUCGGACACUGUGAUCUGAUUGAGGAGGUGAUAAUUGGAGAAGACACAUUGAUAAAGUUCUCGGGCUGCGCCGCAGGUAAGGCAUGCACUGUGGUUCUACGCGGAGCUACCGAGCAACUACUUGACGAGGCAGAGCGAUCUCUGCACGAUGCCCUUGCCGUGCUAUCACAGACAGUCAAAGAGCCGAAGGUUACACUGGGAGGAGGAUGUGCGGAGAUGGUUAUGGCUAAGGCGGUUGACCAAGCAUCUCAAAACGUGGCAGGCAAGAAGGCACUAGCAGUCGAUUCGUUUUCGAAAGCUUUAAGGCAACUCCCUACAAUUCUCGCAGACAAUGCCGGUUUUGACUCUAGCGAUCUUGUGGCACGGCUCCGCAAAGCAGUCUAUUCUGGCAUGACCAAUUCCGGGCUAGACAUGCUCUCUCCAGGUGGAGGCAUCGCAGACAUGCGUGAACUUGGUGUGAUCGAGAGCUACAAGCUCAAGCGCGCGGUGGUAUCGUCGGCAUCAGAAGCCGCAGAACUACUCUUGAGAGUCGACAAUAUCAUCAGAAGCGCACCACGGAAGCGUGAUCGCAUGUGAGGAGAUGUUAUGGAGUCAAAACGUCAACACGACGGACCUGGACAGGGGACUUGUGCGCAUUGUGGUGAAAGUACGGUACCUUUCGUGCCAAAGGCAAAGUAGCAUCGGCAAUCAUUUCUUCAUUGCAUGCCGGCAAGCGCAGAAUAAUAAUGUCUCUCCGUAGGCGACUUUAGAAGAUACCAUGUAGACCGAAAGUCACACAGUCCACGCUCCAAGUUACAGAGACUUUAAUUGCAUAUGCGAUAUGCUGUAUGAGAUAUAACUAGAUCCGACCUCUUCACUCUCAAUCAAUCUGGAGCAAUAUGCACGUACUACAAUGC